AAGAACGUUGGACGAGAACGAGCGAGCGACCGCUAGAUUGCGAAUCACUGCGAGUCGGCGAGUGUCGUCAGCGAUUAUCGAUGUUUGGUCGUUCGCGUUUUCCGAGCUGAUGCGAGGAUGCCUCGUCGUUGUAGGCCGUGUCAUUCCACGAGGAAGCCCGAUUACGGGCCCACUGACAACGAUGACGUCGAUCAUGCUGCCAUACCGCAGCCGUCCAGUCCAACGAGCGAAUUGGAGGAGUCUCUUCACGCGAUGUCCGAUAUUUACGGCCAAACACCGCCCAGGACUCGCCUCAGCCGUAAGAAGAAAUACAUGAAGCAAAAAUUCUCGAGCAGCGAUCUCAAGUCGACGGAGAAGGAAGCUCAGCCGAACGUGAUCGUCCGUAGACGCAACACCCUCGACACCAUCAUCUUCAACGAAAUGUGCGACAAGGCGGACAAGGAUUGCGAGGACGAGACGAAGGAGGAUGUGAAGGAGUCGGGGAGAAAGUGCAAGAGAAGCUUGAAACUGCUGCGCGGCAACGAAAGGGAUUUGAAGCUCGACAUAGAGAUCGCCAGUUAUGAUAAAUGCUGCGGGAAUAUCGCGAUACCAACGCCGAAUCAGAUCAAGGUCGAAACUAGAAAUAGAUUUCGCAGUCUACGGUCGAAGCCGGUCGAUAUGGAGGAGAAGAAAGUUGAGCAGGAAAUUAGCGAAGAACAAUGCACGGCGGUAAUAAAUGAAGACAAUUUGCUCAUGCAGUCACCGAGGAUGCGGAGCUUCAAAGAGAGAGAGAUAUUCUACAAUACGUUUGCCUUCUUAAUUAAAUUGAAAUAUUUUUUGCAGGGGAGCAUGGAACGCAAUCGUUGUCGUCAAAUCAGCCACGAAGAGACCAGAUGGCAGAACGAACUGAAAGACCUGAUAUGGCUGGAAUUGCAGGCGCAUCACGCGGAUCGUAGUCCGAUGGCGCAGGAUGAAUAUUUAUGCCGCCAACGGGAGGCGGUGAACGGUCUACUCGCAGAAAUAAUGGAGUACAGAUAUAAUCCAAUUGCGGACACGCAAGAGGGAGGCCCAGGUUGCAUCAGCCCGGGAGAAGCCCCGUGCGACAGACUUACGAAUCUUGGCUUGAGCCCGAGCAUCGAGCUAGGCGUGUGUCCUGGUUGCCUCUCCAUGUACUGUCGUGCAUGCGCUCGCGUCCAACGAGAAGCGUUGGAGCAAGUGGAAGGUCUGCUGGCGCGAUUGGAGAGCGCGGAGGCGCUUUAUCCGUCGUCUCAGGCUUUCGCGGCUAAUUAUCCGUUGUACAAGAGCGCCGAGUUCACCGACAAGGUGAAGGCCAUGUGCCUGUGGUACAACAUGACGAAGCACCAUCGAUUCAAGUUGCAGAUACUGGGCAGACUGCUCAUGCUGCACACGUCGCAGAAGAAACAGGAGACUACCGACUCCGGGAUCAGUUCGUCACGGUCGUCUGCUGUCGAUACCGACUCUAUGGAGCGGCAGUCUGUAGUACGGUUUGAAAUACCUCAUCAGGAUGAGACCUCCAGCCCUUCCGACAGCAAUAACAGCAAUAAUUCUUCGGCUGGAGCUUUGUCACUUGGAUCGGCGCCGCAUACCCCGGAGAUCUCAAUCUUGUACUUCGAGGACGAGAGAGUCGACCGACUCGAUUUCUACUUGGUCGAAUUUGAUCGACAUGGUUACAGAAAAUACAUCGAGGACGUGUUGAAGACAAGAGGCCUAAGAAAAAGUCUGAAUUUCUUGGAUCGAUUGCACACGUCCGUUCUGAGAAAAGCAAGAUUAACUUUGGAGAAAAAUGAAGAGGACGAGGAGGGUAAUAGUAGCGCGUACGAGGAAUACGAAGGUGACAGGGAACUACGUCGGUACGGUGCCUGGAGCCCCGAGGCGAGGGAACUAAAUCUGCCAUCAUAUAGAUCGGCCUUCGUGUUUCUCUCGCGCGUGCCUCUAGAUGUGGUACAUGAAUUUUUGAGGAUGAGACUGGAGCAGAAGCCGGAGCAGCCGAGUCCGUUGUCGGUUCGGCAGCUCAUGCGGGAGCUUCGCGAGGGUCUCAGGAUCGCCUGCAUUCAUCGUGACCGAUUCGCUACGCACUCCCGUGCCGCUGUUGCCAGCGAUAACGGCGGCUGCGAGAGUCUAUUUGAAGAUGAUCUCAAGCAUUUCGACGAGAGUGUGAGAGCCGUGUUCGAAGUCUAUCUAGAUUAUCUUCAGCAGUGGGUGGACAUGGUGCAACACGACAGCUUUCACAAGAAUCUCAUCAUGGAUGAGUGGCUGUUUGUCAAGUCCAUCGCUGGUGAUAUAAGCAACGGAUACAAGAUCGCGAGUGUGAAGUUCUGUGAGAUCGCGCGGAUGAUGAUCAAGCAAGUAAACGAAUUCCUUAUCGACCGACCUCGCGAGAUCCGGGAGAACGCGGACGAGAAGGAGGACGAUGAUGAGCUGUCGUCCAAGUUUCACCUGAUGUUUGUGGGCCGCGAGUGGCAGGGAAUGUUCGUCGAGGCCCGGGAGAAGGUCGUGAAGAGCGUCAACCUGGUCAAACAUUUGAAAUGUGACAUCGAGAAGUGGACGAUCUUCGAUUCGCAGUUGAUGGAAUCGCUGACACCGUUGAAGGAUAUAAUCCUAGAUUUGAGGCGCCGCAUCACCUUGGUGAUCGAAGACUUCCAGAACGAUGCGAAUGAGGUGGAGCAGUCGAAUACCGAGAGUGAAUACCUGACGCCGUUGCGAUCGAGGAUCCGCGAGAUUCUGCAUCAGGCUUACAGGAUGGGCUUUGACUUCCACAAGGAGAUGUACAAACUGUUCUCCUCGGAAGAGAAGGCCGCUCUGGCGCGCGGUCUCGUCUCGUUUGCCCUUCUGUGGAUGGAAUUCGUGAGAACGCGAUGCGAGCGCGGCCGUGGUUUAAGGCCUACUUGGGCGAACCAAGGUCUCGAUUUCUUAAUGACGAUCUGCGAGCCGCACAAUACAAAGUACCUGACGGAUCAAGAGUUUGAGGAGCUGAAGGCGUGCAUGGACCGUUGCAUAUCUCACGUCAUUGGAACCGCUUCAGGUUUCGCAGAAGGCCCUAAAUCAUUGUCGCGAUCGAGAGGUACAUCGCCGUGCCACAGCCGCAGCAGGACCACGAGCAUCAAUUUCUCUCAGAAGUCGCGAGAUCCUCUAAAGUCACCCGAGAUAUUAGGUAACGCGAAGAAGUGCAGCUCGCCGAGCAUGAUCGAUGGGAAUCUCGCAGUGAUAAUAAACACGCCCGAGCGGAACACGCAGAGGCACGAGAGGAUCGUCUCUGUCAUCAGGAGGGUGGAGAACGAGCUCGACGAGAGGCGGCAGAAGCGUGAUCUCAUCGGACAGGUCAUUGACAGGAAGACGAUGGACACGGUUCGCGUCAAGCGGCGGGUCACGUUCACGUGGCAGCGCGGUAUCAAAAUAGGUCAAGGAAGAUUCGGUAAAGUAUAUACCGUGGUGAACAAUCAGACCGGCGAGUUGCUGGCCAUGAAGGAGGUGCAGCUGAAACCCGGCGACCAUGCAGCGAUCAGGAACACCGCCGAGGAACUACAAAUAUUCGAGGGGAUCCAGCACCCGCAUUUGGUGCGAUAUUACGGGCUGGAAAUUCGCCGGAAGGAGAUGUUAAUUUUCAUGGAAUUCUGUGCGGAGGGCACUCUCGAGAACCUGGUAGCGGGUAGCGGCAACGGACUGCCGGAAUCUUUGGUCCGAAAGUACACUUAUCAACUGCUUCUCGCAAUAGCGGCAUUGCAUUCUCACGGAAUAGUCCAUCGAGACGUCAAAACCGCGAAUAUUUUCCUGACGGACGAAGGCAAUUGCCUGAAGCUCGGCGACUUCGGUUGCGCGGUGCAAAUUAAGGCGCACAUGACGAUGCCGGGGGAACUUCAUGGCUUCGUAGGCACUCAAGCCUACAUGGCGCCCGAGGUAUUCAUGAAGUCUGAGAGCACUGGAUACGGCAGAAUCGCUGAUAUCUGGUCGGUGGGUUGCUGCGUCAUCGAAAUGGCAAGCGGACGACAACCCUGGUCGGAUUUCGACUCGAAUUAUCAAAUUAUGUUUAAAGUCGGAAUGGGACAGAUACCAGCUCUUCCGAAGAAUCUCUCCGCUGAAGGUAUUGACCUGGUGAAGAAAUGCCUGCAGCACGAUCCGAAGAAAAGAUGGCCUGCUGAGUCCCUUCUCUCGCACUCUUUCGUGCGUGGCGAAUAUGAAGACGUCAAUGCUGAUUUAACGAUGCCGCGUUACUGAGAGCUGCGCCAGAAGAUUACCAAGAUUGCGGAGUACUAGCCAUCAAAAGGUACUAACUGAGUAAUUUGAUCUCUUGAAAAGACUUUUCGUAUUCUCCUGUGGACCUUUCUACAGUGAGAGCAAAGUGAAUCUUUGCGCAGAGCACAAGUAAUAUAAUUUGUUCUUCUUUUUUCAUGAAAAUUUCACGCAAUAUCUAAUCUAGGAUAUCUAUAGGAAAGAUCAGUACGAUAUUUGUGUUUGUUUCUCUUUAGAUCGUAUCGUACGCAUUAUUUGAAGAAUUGUUGUCUGCCUUUUAGGAUAUUUCGUAUUGAAUGUACAUAUAUUUUAUUUUACUCUAUUCUAUCAAGACAUUUUAUUGAACUUAUAUCUGUUGACUAUCCGAACGUAUUUUAGUCGCUAGUGAGUGCAACGUAAUACAUAAAAUAAGGAUAAAGAUUUUUGUGAUCGUGUUAUUGUAUAGAAGAAGGUUCCAGAGCACACUUUCUUUUAAUCACGAUUGCAAGAUGAUGAGGCUAAACGAAUAGCAUUUUUACAUCGGAGGAUGACGGAGUUGUUGAGCGUCAAAAGUUGUUACAAGACUGUGAGUUAAGUUUGGUGUACAUAGGAGAUAUGUAAAUGAUAAGAUCUAGUUUUUUACUUGUUUUAGAAGAAACAUUUAGUAGGAAAACAAACAAUGAACUUAAUUACGCAUAACAGAAGCGUAGUUGGAGACUUAAAAAAGAGUUAUACAAGAGUUUUAAUAUAUCCAAGAUUAAAAAUAUUGUUAUGAGUAAUAACGCGUCUCCAUGAACGAUAAAUUUUAAUUGCUAUUGUGAUAGUGAGAAGAUGAGAAAAAUAUGCCUUCUGGAACAUCAUAUAUUCCUCUCAGAUGAUUUUGAACUAGUCAUAUUAGGCUAAAUGUGAUUCGGCCUGUCGAAGGUUGGGGGCUGCAAACGUGAUUAGUUGAGUAAUAAUAAAGUAGCAGCGUGUACGAUCGGUAGCUCGAUCGAGUGAUAAAUAUAUAUUUAUAAUAAAUGUAUGUCUAUAAAUGUAUAUUUAUAAGUACGUAUUUGCAAUUAGAUUUGGCUUUCGGGUUGCAGCCGCGUUUUUAGUUACUUUGAUUCCGACGUUUCGGAAAGAAACAUCUUAGUCUACUUCAUCAGGGAGAGUGUCAGGCUGCUUCUUUCGCGCUCCAAUCCGGAAGACAAAGCCAGUUGCAAUUAUCUGCACUGCGAAAGCCUCAAAUAUCGUAUAUAUAUUUUUUUCUUCAUUUUUUAUAUACAGACAAAGGCAAACGUAUACUUAUUUUAUAGUAUAUAUAUUUUUAUGAGUAGCAUAUGUGUAAGUGUAUAUGUAUAUAUGUAUGUAUAUGCAAACACGCACGUUUUGUAAAUACAUGUCAUGAACGAUAGACGUAAGAUUUUUCACAUUCCGUCAAUUUUGCAUCUCGCAAUCAUCAUAGAACGUUGUUGGCGUGCUCAUAUCAUCAGCGGUACUACUUCAUCUUAUAUUAAAUGUAUAAUUUUGCUGUAAUCAUAAAAUAGAGGCAUUAUACUAUCUCGUAAUACUGUUAAUUGUAAUAAUCAUGUAAUUAUGUAUAAUACGAUAAUUAUGUAUAAUACGAUUAUCGCAAUACUGAAUAAUCCGCACGGAAAAUCCUGUAAAAUCGUUGCGACGCGGAAAGUUGAGGUACUUUCUAAAAUGUAACGUGUUAACUGGCAGCUGUUGAAAUCUAGCUGCUCGAUUAUUAAUGAAGCGUGCGUUUGUGAUACGUCCAUAAAUAAUUGUAUACAACUGUUUCGAAGCUGUUUCGAGAGUGGACUGAUUGCUACAUGUACCACGAAACAGAUAUUCUAUUUUACAUAAAAAAAGAGAAAAACAACGACACUGAGAAGAGAAUAAAGUGGGACGAAUGUGACGACAA